AUGUCCCCUGAAAUCUGUGCUAGAGAGAGCUAUGGGUUCCCAGCAGACAUCUGGGCACUUGGCUGUACCAUGUACGAACUGUGCCAGCAAGACGUUCCCUUUAACGCCCAGGCAGGCGCGUUGCUAGUUCGUGAAAUACUUGAUGGAAGACCCAAACCAUUGCCAAAGAUUUACUCUGAGACACUGAGGACACUAAUUGGCGACUGCUUAAGGCGUAACCCGGCUCGGCGUCCUGAUGCGCGGUCCUUACUGAACCAUCCAAUAAUUCGACUAGCACAAAGAAGCCCUCCACUUCAGGUUGUGCAAAACCAACAUACCUGUAAUAUAGAAGAGCACGACAGAAUCCAGUCGGAGCUCGAGGAAGUCAAGAGGCAGCUGGCUGAUGUUUUAAACGAAAAAGCUACUAUGGCGCCUAAGGCGGAGUAUUCCAGCCAGGAUAAAGCAGUGCAAGCAGGCGCUUCCAGGUUCCGGUCCGUCAACAAGGGCGGUUCCGGGUCACAGAAUCCGAGCUCCGGUGGUGGCCGAAAGUUCGAUGCAGACGUAUGGCUUAAAGAGAUAGAAAAUCUUUCAUCUAUCCUGGAGAGGUCAAAGGCCUAG